AUGGACAUAGCCAAAAUUUGUUAUAUCUCUAGUAAGAAGACGGCUACAGAGGCUGUAGAAGGUCAUAAGGAAGAACUUAGGUUGCAUAGGAAGGUCUGGAGUGGAUUUACGAAGUAUAUUAGGUCACAGUGUGAUAAAAAACAAAAGUACUUUUCAUGCCCCUUUAUUGGAAAGUUUGGACCAGUCCCUGACCAAGAUAGUGAAACUAAAAGAUACAGAUUUGUCCCUUCAGUGGAUUUCAUAGAAUCUGCAAGUUUCAAAUAUGAAGAAAAUGAUUAUAAUCUCUCUCCAUUUGUAGAUUUGAAGAGUGAAAAAGUAGUAGUUAUGAGUCCUUCCUCUAUUGCACAAGUUUGAGAUACGACUAAGACCAAAGUUAUCGAAGUUCUGAAAGCAAUAUUUGCAACCAUUAUUGAAUUAUCAAAAAGUGACAAGCAGCUGUGACUUGAUCUUAAGAUUGGCUUUCUCAAUGUUGAACAAUCCAGAAGGCUUUAUUUUAGCAAUACUCAAGACCAGAGUAAUACAAAUAACAAGAAUAUGAAUAAUUUAACUGCAGAUAAUAUAUCUACAGUACCAAGGUCGAUAGGCCCGAACUCAGUUUAUUCUUAUAAAUCUAAUUUUUCAACGAUGAGGUCAGUCAAAACUCCUAUGACUGUUGGAAAGAGCUCUGUGAGAUCUAAAAUGAGUAGUAAAUGGUCAUUAUUUAGAAGAAACAACCCUAAGAGUCAAGUAAGAAGACCCGAUGAUCACUAUUCUUAUCAAAGUGGGAACCAACUGAAUUAUACAUCUCCAGUCCAAGUUUCUACUCCAGAUAAGCCGUACCCGCACUUAGCUAAUUUUAUCAAGAAACAAACAGAGUACAGGUUUGGUAAGCGUAUGGGUAAAGCAGAGAACCUCACUCAGAAAAAUGUCAUGGAAGAGCAACUAAAGCAGAUCCAUGAGAAAAACUUCAAAGAACAAGAGGAAGAUCUUAAACAAAGAGAAGAAGAGCUCAAGGAAUAUCUCUCCCUUGCUAACGAUAACGAAAUAGAAGCUAUGAAAUAAAAUUGAACUUAUCAAUAAAAGAAAGGAAUUCCUUAAAGAUAUCGAAGACCUCAAAAAGCAGAAAGCAUUGAAAUACGAACUUGAAAGAGCAAACUCUAGGGAAUAUGAAUACAACUACUUUCCAUUCACCCAUGGGGAUAAUAUCGAGCGCAAGAGGAAAAUGAUCACUGAAGAGAUGAAGAAUCAGAUGAAAGAGCACUACAAGAAUAAGAAAACGGAGUUCUUGGAGGAUGCUUUGUCCCAAAAAUCCUCUUCUAAGCAAUCAAAUCAUCGUUCAUUAUCAAAUUCUACUGGUGAUGUGUUCCUAAAACCUCAUAAGCAGCACUACUUGCGCCAUAUAAAUGCUGAACAGCAAGAGGAUACUAACAAGAAGGCUCUAAAGAAGUAUGAAGAAGAAUUGAUGAAGCAGAAUAUGAGAAAAGGUCAUCGUCCUGCUUCUCAGACUAAAGCGCUGCCUCAAAUCAGCGCUUUGACAAUCGAAGACCAGAAGUUACAAGACAGAGAGCGCCACCUCGCUAAAAUGAAAGAGAUGAAGAAAGUCCUUGGAGAGCAGUUUAGAGAAAAGGAAGAACAGAGACUUCAAGAGUUUCUUGACCGUAAAAGAGUCCAAUCCACCUCCUUCGGACCUCAAGAAGAUGAUGAAUUCAGGCAGAUUCUGUACAAGCAAAGAACUGAUAAGAUUAAGAUGCUCGGCAAAGAAAUCAAGAAUCAGAUUGAUUCAAAGAAGAUGGUCUACGAUGCAUCCAAAAAUAUGCAGAUGGAGGUUGAAAAACAUCAGAAUAAGAAUAUUAACAAGUUCCUUGCAGAUGAAGCACUAGACGCAAAGCAGAGGAAGGAAAAGAAAAUUAAAGAAAACCUUAAGAAUUGGGACCAACAGCAGAAGGCUAAGGCUAUAUUGGAAAAUAUUUCAAUAUAAGUUUUAUUUCAAAAA